AUGGAACACGAACUAAAGUUAGAGGAAAUUAAGGUAAGACACAGACAAGGUAGUGGAGAUUUUGAUGUAGCUAAAUACAUGAAGAUGGUUCCCCCUUUUAAUGAAAAUGAAGUAACUAAUUAUUUUAUAACUUUUGAGAAAGUAGCGAAAGGAAUGGGCUGGCCUAAGACCUCAUGGUCUAUAUUAUUACAAUGUGCAUUGAAAGGUAGGGCUCAAGAGGUAUUUUCUAGUUUGUCUGAGGAGACGUGUGGUAAUUAUGACGAAUUGAAAAAGUGUAUUCUCAAAGCAUAUGAAUUAGUGCCAGAGGCUUGCAGGUUGAAAUUUCGUAGGCUUUUUAAGACAGGAGAUCAGACUUAUGUAGAUUUUGCUCGUAUAAAAGCUAAAUUGCUUGACCAUUGGUACACUUAUGAAGGGAAAAAUUUGGUUAGGGGUAGAAGCAGCAAAGAGGGUUUUCAGGAAUUGAAAAGUGGUAAGAGUAAAACUGAAAACGCAAGUGAUUUGGAUAAAAGCGUUGUAGCUCCAGUAUUGAAAGGUAAUAGUUUGCCUAGUGGGCAGAGGAUGCCAAUUAAGUGUUUUAACUGUGGUAAACUGGGCCAUAGAAAGGCCGACUGUUGGUCCUUAAGGGACGGUAAUAGAGAGCAUAAACCAGUUGCUUUGGUAAGCAGGGUAAGUGCUGAUAGAGAGAUUAGUGCAUUAAGUGAGGGUGGGAAAAGCCCUGGGUUCUCUGAUUUGGAGAGAUAUAAGUCAUUUGUGUCUUAUGGUAGUGUAGCUACAGGAAGUGGUAAGGGCAGGAAAGGAUUAGUUAUUCUCAGAGAUACCGGGGCCCUACAGUCAUUGAUUUUGAAAAGGGCAUUGCCUGAAGGUUUCGAGUAUGAGGGUAAGGAAAAGGUAUUAAGAGUUUUCCAAAAGAUAAUCUCUAGUCCGUACGAGACUGUGGUUCUGCAGUCUGAUUAUGCAACGGGUCCGGUUAGGGUUGCCGUUGUGGAAGAAAUUCCUGUAGAGGGAGUAGAUUUAAUAUUGGCCAAUGAUAUUGGUGGUAAUAGGGUUUUAAGUAACCCACGGUUACUUAAUUAUCCUCAGUUUUGUGCAAGCACGGAGAGCUUGGAAGGAGAAUUUCCUGGUAUUUUUCCCGUGUGUGCUAUCACACGGUCAAUGCGGAAAGUGGAAGCUAGUAGGGAUUCUAAGAUUGACUUCUCGAAGUGUUUUCUGGGAAAAUUUGGUGAUUGUUCUGAACAAGGUAAGGUUUUAGCUGUAUCUAGAGAGAAAUUCAUAAGGGAUCAGGAAAAUGACCUAGAGCUAGCAGAGAUAGCUGCAAAGGCUUUUUCAGAUAAGGAAAUUGAGAACAUUCCAGUUGGGUAUUAUGUCGAAAAUGGAUUAUUGAUGAGAAAAUUUAGAGCCUCUAAGGUUGCUGCCGAUGAAGAAUGGAAAGUUAAUUACCAAAUAGUCGUUCCUCCAAAUUACAGACCCUCUAUUUUACAUUUAGCACAUCAGAAUCCAUUUAGUGGCCAUUUCGGAGUCAAUAAAACUUUUUACAAAUUAACUAAACACUUUUAUUGGCCUGGGAUUCAUUCUGAUGUUAAAGCAUUUUGUAAGACUUGCCAUGUGUGUCAAAUGAUCGGAAAACCGAACCAAAAGUUGACUAAAGCUCCCCUUGAACCCAUACCAGCCAUGGAAGAACCAUUCCAUAGGGUAAUAGUGGAUAUUGUUGGCCCAUUGCCAAAGUCAAAAGGUGGAAAUCAGUAUAUACUUACGAUCAUGGACAGAUCCACUAGGUAUCCUGAGGCCAUUCCGUUGCGGAAUGUCUGCUCUAAGAAUAUUGUAAAUGGGAUUACGAUCAUGGACAGAUCCACUAGGUAUCCUGAGGCCAUUCCGUUGCGGAAUGUCUGCUCUAAGAAUAUUGUAAAUGGGAUGUUUACAAUUUUUUUUCACUCGGUUUGGUUUGGAUUGCCUAAAGAGGUUCAGUCGACCAGGGUUCAAAUUUCUUGA